AACAGUUCCACGAAAGAUAUGAGACGCAUCAUGUCAAGGAAAAUUAUUAUUCUCUUUAUUUUCGUCGCAUCCACGCAGGGGAACAACUUGUCGGAGGAGAAUGAGGAAUACCUGAGGUUCCCACCGAACUUUCUCCUGGGCGCUGCGACUGCAGCAUACCAAAUCGAAGGAGCUUGGAACGUUAGCGACAAAGGAGAAAGUAUUUGGGAUCGAUUCUCUCACGAAAGAAAUGGACUUAUCGUCAAUAACGAUACCGGUGAUAUCGCCAGUGAUUCAUAUCAUAAAUUUAGAGAAGAUGUAUCGCUGUUGAAAUAUGUCGGGAUGAAGGCCUAUCGUUUUUCCAUAAGCUGGCCACGUAUAUUGCCAACUGGUUUUUCUAACAACAUUAGUAAAGAUGGUGUUACUUAUUACCAUAACCUUAUCGAUGAAUUAUUGAUUAAUAACAUUGAACCUAUCGUAACACUCUAUCACUGGGAUCUUCCUCAAGUAAUCGAAGAUGCUGGAGGAUGGUUGAAUCCACACGUGGUCGAUUGGUUUGUAGACUAUGCUAGAGUCGCUUUCAAGGAAUUCGCUCCAAAAGUAAAGAAAUUCAUAACGUUGAACGAACCAUCGGAUAAUUGUAUUAACGUUUAUACUAUGGGAAUUCAUGCACCCUCUAAAUCGUCUUUACGCGGCAUUGGAGAAUAUAUUUGUGGAGAGAAUAUGUUAAAGGCUCAUGCUCGUGUUUAUCGAAUGUAUCAGAAAGAAUUCAAAGAUAUUUAUAAUGGCUUAGUUGGUAUCAAUGCUCAAGUAAAGAAUUUUUAUCCAAAGCAUGAAAAUGAUUCAGAAUCUGUAGAAAUAGCAUUUCAAUUCUCAAUAGGUUGGAUGCUUCAUCCUAUAUAUUCUGAAACAGGUGAUUAUCCUAAUAUAAUGAAAAAUUUGAUAGAUAUGAAAAGUCAAAAACAAGGUUAUUCACGAUCUCGAUUACUCAAGCUUGGAGAUAAUUGGGUGGAUUAUAUUCGCGGUGCUUCCGAUUUUUUGUCAAUAAACCAUUACACUUCUGCAAGAGUCGAACGGGGAGACGUUGAAUUAGAACCUUCAUUCUAUAAUGAUCAAGGACUAAUAGAAGAUCAAGAUCCUACUUGGGAAAAUAAUACUAUUCCGUGGCUGAAGACUGUACCAGAAGGAUUUGGUUUCAUUCUUAGAAAAUUAGCAAUUGAAUAUAAUAAUCCGCUCAUGUAUAUUACGGAAAAUGGUGUUUCCAGCGAAAAUACCAUCGACGAUGAUGAUAGAGUGAGAUAUUAUCAAAAAUACUUAAAAGAGAUGCUUAUUUCCAUAAAUCGUUAUAAAGUUAAUAUUAAAGGUUAUCUCUUAUGGUCUUUCAUAGACAGUUUCGAAUGGACAAGUGGAUAUAGCCAAAAUUUUGGAAUUGUUCAUGUCAAUUUCACUGAUCCGGAAAGGAAGAGAACGUUGAAAAAAUCUGCUUAUUGGUGGCGAGAAGUAAUAAAAUAUGGAACCUUGAACAUACCCUCCUUUAGAAAUGAUACCACAUCUGGAACGUAAAUUUUCAUAAAGGAAAAUAUAGUUUUUAAUUAUUUAUGAUUCUUUAGUUAUAAUUUUUUCAAAGCAAUUAAAACAAUAUCUGUAAAAGUAGCAGUUGCUAUUCAUGAUCAUUCAAUUCUAUAAAUAUUUUGGUAAAAUUUGUUUUAUAAUGAAACAUGAAAUGAGACAACUAUCUAUUCGACAUACAUUCAUAUAUUUAAUA